AUGGAACUAUCUAUGCGUAACAAUAUUGCGAGUGGAAUCCAUUAUAUAGAAUGCAAUCUAGGAAAGUUCAUGUAUGAAAGUGUUCAGCUUCUAAUAGCUCUUCAUAGGGUUCAAGAAAUGAAGCUAGCAGUUGAUCAAGAGUUAACAUGGUUUAAUUCUCCAAAAUUUGAAAUGUGGAAAUCAGAUGUUGAAAAUAAUAAUGCAACACAAUAUGUUUUACCUUCUGGUGAAAAGAUUGAUAAAGAUGGUAGGAAAGUAUCAUACUAUCAAUGCAACAGAAGUGGACUUUAUAAAUGCAUGGCAAAGAAAAGACUAGUUAAAAGUAGUGGACAUAAAAAUGAAAUUCAACAUAUUUCUCUAUCAAGCGUUCAAAGGCAAGAAACUGCUAGCAAACUUAAAACGGGUGUAACCAAAGAUAGAAUUCUAAAUGAUAUUAGAGAUGAAACAAGUUGUGUUCAAUCCAGGUUACAUUUAACCCAGCGUCAAGAUAUCAAAAACCUAGAGAAAGCAUUCAACAUUAAUUCUAUACAACUUCAUGCCAAUGAUCAAGACAGUGUUGGAAUUUGGCUAAAAGAAUCGCAAAUGAAGGCAAAUAGUCCUGUUUUAUAUUAUAAACUACAAGGUGUGUUAGAUACAUGUAAUACAUUUAAAGAAUCAGACUUUAUAAUUAUAAUGCAAACAGAGCACCAAAAAAAAAUGCUGCAACAGUUUGGAAAAAAUGGUGUUUGUAUUGAUUCUACGCAUGGCACAAAUGCAUAUGAUUUUCUUCUCACAUCAAUGUUAGUUGUAGAUGAAUUAGGUGAGGGGCAACCUGUUGGAUGGUGUAUAGCAAACAAACAUUCUGGAAGUUUUUGUCCAAAAUGGAUAAUGAGUGAUUUGGCAUCCCAAUACUAUGAAGCAUUUUGUGAUGUUUACUUAUGUGCGCCUCUGAAACUCUGGUGUACCUGGCAUGUUGAUAAAGCAUGGAGAAAAGAAUUGCAUAAAAAAGUACACAAUCUUGAAAUGGAAGCAGAUAUAUACAAACGAAUAAGAUUUGUUUUUCAGCUUAAUGAUAAAAACCUAUUUGAUGAUUAUUUAAACUCAUUGAUGGGUUACUUGCAAUCAUCAAUUUUGACACAAAUGUUUGCUGAAUACUUUGAAAAAUAUUGGGUUAAUAAUAAACAUAUAUGGGUAUUCUGUUAUCGUAUGGGUCAUGGCAUAAAUACUAAUAUGUAUAUUGAAUCUUUCCACAAAGUUUUUAAGUACAGUUACCUGCAAGGUAAGCACAAUAAAAGAAUUGAUAAUUGCUUGUUCGCUUUGUUAAAGUUUAACAGAGACAAAGUGUAUGAAAGAAUAAUAAAGUUAACAAAAGGAAAGAUUAGCUAUAAAUUAAAAAUGGUGCAUUCUAGACACAUUGCAAGCCUACAGCUAUGUGAAAGUUUUACUAAGGUUGAUAAAGGAGCCUGGCUAAUAUCAUCUGAAACAAAUGCUUGCCAUUACAGAGUUGUAAUACACCAAAAAUUGUGUGACAUCACUGAGUGUUUCACUAAAUGUCCAGAAUGUAAAGUUUGUACUCAUUUAUAUAGUUGUGACUGUAUGGAUUUCUUAACUAAAAAUAUCCCUUGUAAGCAUAUCCAUUUAGUGCAUCGUCAUAGUAAUCCUAGUAUACUUACAACAACUAUACCUCUCGAUUUCCCAACAUCUUUAAUUGAAUUGGACUGCAAAAUUAUAAAAGGUUGUGAACCUGCAGAUAUUAACAUUUUAAAAGAUAGCAUUAUUAAAAGUUUAAAGAAUCUAGCUAAUUUAGUAUCCCUUAGUUCAAUAUCAGAUGAGGAUAGUUUGCAGACAUUACAGAAAAAUAUAUCAUUAGCUAAAAAUGCUUUCUUAAGCCUAACAACAAAUAAGCAAAAUGAAUUACAUAUCAAAAGUAAGGUUCCAUCAUACAAAACAAUAACUAAGCAGCCAACGUUUUAUUCAACAAAAGAAAAAGAAAAACAUCAAACAUUAGGCUAG